CUCCCCUUUUAUACGGUUGAACAAGCUCAAUCAAUUCCGGGUAUACAUGUACAUCUCUUACAUUGAUCAAUGAUUUAUCUAAUUAUAUAUAUGGGUGUGACAAGGUAUUAAUUAUAGUGCAUUUACUUAGUAAAUUUUGAACGUUGUUUAUUUAUCUGUUAUUUGUUGGGGUACAUGUCUUUCAGCCUCGCUUAUUGUUGCAUGUCAAAAUUGUGUACGGAAAUUUGAACUUUAGCUAGUUUCAGGUUACUGUAUAAUAAUCUGUUAAUUAUCGAUGAAUGUUAUUGAAUGAUACAACAGCCGCAGCCAGGAUAAUCGUGACGGCUGACAGUGGAACUUGAAGAAUUGAUUGCUUAUUCAACUGUUCAAUAUUGAAUGAACUAUAGGACAUUAAAGAUGGCAAUGGAACUUAAAGGAAGAGUGUUAGUUUACUCCAUCUUGGGUUGUCCCCAUUGUAUGAAGGCCAAGAGUACAUUACAGGAGUUAGGUGUACCUUACACAGAUGUGAGCUUAGAGAAAUAUCCACACGCUCGUCAAGACGUUCAGAUGAGAACACAAAAACGAACAGUUCCUCAGAUAUUCUUCAAUGCCAGACAUAUUGGUGGUAACGAGGAUCUACAAAAUUUGGUAAAAGACCAAGAAAAGUGGACAGAGGCACUGGAAGUGUUGAAAAGUACACCAGCUGGUCCUGAUGCUCCACAAGUUCCUGAUCCAAGCACUGCUGUAAAAUCUUUUGAUGUUGGAGAUAUAGUGUGUGAACCUGAUGAAUAUGCUGAGUUUGUAAAAGAACUGAGGAAUUCAGGAAUCAUAAAAGACCAUAGAUCAUUGCUGAGAAGCUACAAAAAUUCUUUCAGUGGCAAAGAAUUUGUUGACUGGGUGGUCAAAACUAAGGAAGUUGAUCGAGAAAGGGCCAUAGAGAUGGGACAAGCCUUGAUAGAUCGCCAUUUUGGCCAUCAGGUAAAAGAUCAGGAAACAUUUGAGGAUAAAGAUGUCUAUUACAGACUUCUUGAGGAUGAUGAUAGUAGUGCUUUAAAUGCCGGGCCCUCGGAUUGUAAACCGCGACCAGCGGGAGAAUUGGGAGAGGAUUUGAGGAAACUGAUACUUAAAAUUUACAGUAGUUAUUUAUCACCUGAUGGGAAGGCUAGUGGACCAGUUCUUACUUUGAGAUGCCAGGUGAAUAAUGAUAUGCAGUGGAUUAACAUUGCUAAUUUUGUUAAACCAUGGGAACCACCGGUAAAUCUCUGGCAGAGGUAUAAGUUUUUCAACACAGUGCGGUACAUAAUUGGCGGACAUCAGUACUCGUUACAGGACAUAGAAAAUGGUGUGCUCCGUGCCAACAGGAAAGGAAUGGGUAUGUUCAUGAAGCCAUUUGGUUCCUCAGAUGCAAGACUGAAAGUAUCCUUGGAAACACCAGAACCUCUUAUACACUUUGCCCUAGUGUGUGGCGCUAAAAGCUGUCCUCCUAUCAAAACUUACUCUGCCGAGGUGAUUAUAAAUUAUUAUUAG